UGAUUUUAGUUUAUAAAACACUGUUUUCUUGCAGUCUUUGGUCAUAUAGAUGACACUAGCCCUGGCAUACAUGUAGAGUUGAUUGGAAUUUCUGUAUGGAGUGUAUUGAUUUCAUAUUUUGCCAGUGUUCACACCAUGUGAAGUGGUGACCUUAAGAAGGAUGCUUAGGAGACAUGUCUACUCUUUGGGAAGGUUCUCAGAUUGGGAGCAGCCACAGGGGAGAGUUGCUUGCCUGGGCAGCAAGCUGCCUGCUUACAGGAUGAUGACCUGGGCUCCUGACUUCUGAGAUAAAGGGGAUAUAGUGGUUCAAGUGGAGCACACGGGGGCAGGCCAUCUGAUGACAGCCUCGAGCAGGAAGGGAUGGAGCCACAAGUGCUGCUGCCAUCUGGCUAGCCCCUCGUGCUCCUAAUGAAGUGAGGGUACUGUAUGUUUCGGCUUCUGCUGCAGGGACCACUUCUGACCUUCCUGACAGCACAUGCUUGGCCUCUUCGUUUCUUGUCAGCAUCUCCCCAGGAAGGUGAGGAGAGUAUGCAUCCAUGUCACUUGAUUUCAGUAGUCCUGCUAAUGGGCCAGGAGACGGGCGGGCGGGACACCGCUGCUGACCACGUUAGUGUCUCAUUCUGUCUCAGCGAUGAAGGGGCAGUGAGAGCGUUUCUGAGGGAAGACUGCUUUGUACGGAAAGGCAGAUCAGAGGUCAGGAUCCCUUCCUCCUUUUAUAAUCCUGCAGGUGCCAGCUCCUGGUUAUGCUCUAGUUAUAUGUUGGAAGAGCUUAAACUCACAGUUGGUGAUGCCAACACACUGCACCACAAAAGCAUCCUUCCUUGUGAGCCAGUCAAGUGAAAAGUGAAACUCUUUAGUCCUCAUGACUUCAUGCGAAUCCCACCAUGAGGGCUAGGGGGAAUGAGCCUCCUGCCCUGUGGUCAACUGGGAAGGAUACAGGGUGCAAAUGCUGAUAGACUCCUGUUCCUUUUUUGUUUUUAGUUUUUAGUUUGUUUGUUUGUUUUUUGUUUUUUUUUAGAAGAAUAACCCAUAUUCAUGUGUUUGAAAAGAUACAUGGGAUUCCAUUAACAGUGGUCCCUCCUGAGAUUGGGAGGGAGAAUAGGGUGAAAAGAAAGCUUCAGUUUUUGAUCCCCAUCCUACUGUACACGUGUGUUUAACCACUGGCCUGCAUCAUUACUGUCGCAAGAAGCAUUGUUAAAACACACCCCCAGCCUGCAGCUCAAUGACUACGUAGCCGGGGCUAGGCCUUCCUGUCCCACCCAGGAUCCUCACUGCCAGCGCCCAGCCUGGGCUGAGGAAGAUGUAAGAUUUCUGCUCCUACACAGUGAAGCUAGUAGGUGGGUCUCAUGGGGCAGAACAGAUGGAGAUGAAUUUGCUGAUGAAACCUCUGCUAGGUUUCACCUGACACAUAGACCCUAGUGGACACCCAUGGGACAUCAGAAUGUGCCUCCUUGCUGAGCAGGUUGCAGCUAAGAAAAGGGGUGUGAUUGUGGGAGGGCAGGUAAGUGGUUCUGACACCCCAGGCCAGCCCUCAUGAGCAGCUUGCUCUAGUCCCUGCUGUAGGGGCAGCCUCUAGAGACUGGCCAUGUUUGGGAGGAGCUUGCAGACCCUUGUGGGUUUCUCUGGGGGUUUUGGCCAGCAUGUAGCCUAGGCUGGUCUCCAGCUCUUGGCAGUCCAGGUCCUGGGGUCACAGAUGGGUACCAGCACAUUAGAUCCCUGUUUGCCUUUCUUGUGCUUGGCAUCUGUGCACAGGGCCCUGGCGGAAGUGCGGUGUGCUGAGCAGCCUUGCCCUUGUGCUCUUGGCUCUGCACGCUUCACUUCCUCUUUCCCCAGCGCCAUCAUGUUCUUCAUGAAGUGUAGCUUCCAGAAUUAUGCGCAGCAUACUUUAUUUACCUCAUCCAUUCAUUCCACCCAUUUACUGUUGACUCAUUCAGCUAAUUAUAAUUGUGUGUUCAUUACUGUGAAGUGCCAGGUGCUGAACGAGGAACUAGGGAUGUUGUUGAGAAAGGUGUCCAGAGGCUCGCUUUACUGAGGGAGGUUGGGCUUCAAAGUAGUGUCUUCUGGGAGUAGUAAACAUCUGCCACUUGGGCAUCCUGGCAUGAAGCCAUGGAUCUGAGAGCCCCUACUCCCUACAGGUAGUCCUGCAGGCAUACAUGUUAGCCACUCUCCUACUCAGGCUGAGGACCCUGGAGACACUGCUUCCAUUCUGCUCAGGAAAUAUGCAAUAGAGUUUUGGCCAAGGAAGAGGCCAUUCUCCAUCCACAGUGUUAUCCAGGAUAAUAUCUGUUCUCUCCUCUGUCUUCUGUGCCUAGUCUUUGCAUUUUCUGCCUUGGACAGAUAGUCUUCCAGAAGAUAGAAGCUAUUAAAAAUUAUAAGGUAUAAAUGUCAGGAUCCCAAAUCACCUACUCCUAUGAGCUAGCCCUUGUGGCCUUGAGCAGUCUGAAAGUGUGUUCAGGGCCAUGGUGAUGGGCAGGGUUGCUUCUCUCUGUUUUUUAGCUUGUGUAUGUUGAUGAAGGAAAGUCAGUGAAUUAGCGAGAUUAUCAAGACAGUGCAUGAGAUUCCCAAGGUUUGUGUUCUCUGUUCUGGUGCCUUCCAGAAAGUGUUUUCAGUAACUUCAUAAUGAGAAGAAAGCUUUUGUUGUUGUUGUUGUUGUUUGUUUUGAGACAGGGUUUCUCUUUGUAGUUUUGGUGGCUGUCCUGGAUCUUGCUUUGUAGACCAGGCUGACCCCGAACUCACAGAGAUCCACCUUGGCUCUGCCUCCCGAGUGCUGGGAUUAAAGGUGUAUGCCACCACCGCCAGGCCUGAAAGCAUAAUUUUUAAUCUCAGAUGAAGAUAAUUUGGAUGUGACUUCUAGAUUCUUCUAUCCACUUGCUUGUUCACCCCUCCUUGAGCCUAGAGAUUUCUUAGACCACAUUGUUUGUCCUUGUGCUCUGGCUUCAGGAUCCACAGCCCUUGCAAGAGUUGCCAGGCUAUGGUUUGUAGUGUCGCUUCUGGACUCUUGAAUGUUGAGUGCUCAUGCAGUUGGCUGCUUGUGAGAGCUGCUCUAGUUCUACUCUUGAACUUGGUGUAGAUCUCUGUACUGUUCCUUGAUCUCACUGCGUGAGUCUACACAUGCAAUGGGGUGUUGUUAGCAUGCAAAGCUGUGAUUUGGAGCAGCAGGAUUUAUAAGACAGGGUGUGUAUGUGUUUCUUCCAUAGGUCAGGAAUUUGUCUUAGACAGGGUGAUAGACACCUGCAGGAAACCCAGACACUGGUGUGAGCACUGUCAAGGGUUUCUGAAUUCGGCUCAAGAACAGGGCUCAGAGGUAGAACCGUGUCCUCUGUGGCUCUUGGAGGACAACCCCAAGUCAAAGAUAAAAGAGUUCUUAAAUUCUUAAUUCUCAAAUAAAUGUGAAGCUUAUAUAACAUUUUUUCUUGUUUAUAAAAAUAAAUAGAUUUUAUUAUUAUUUUUUUAAACUUCAGAAAUACAAGUUUAUUUAAGAAAAGCCUUAACUCAUGUCAGGUUUUAGGAGUAGGGAGAGUUGAAAUUUGGUGAAGAUAGAUGAAGAGAAGCAUGGCUAGUGAGGUCUGUGGGAAGGACAGCAGCCUGGAGACCAGCGUGAGCCCAGGGUAGCUAGCACACCAGCGUGUUGGUAAGGGGAGGGAGGUUCGGGAAGUUGAAAGGGUGAUUAUUUAUUUUGCCUGUAAGAUACAUUUUCAUGUUCCUGUUUGUUCCCAUUUCAAAUAGUUGACGUUAUCUUCAAUUGUUUUCCCUUCGCAAAACACAUGUUCUUUUUCAGUAGUACACACUGUGCUACACAUUACAAACCUGUACCAGUAAGAGACAUAGGAUUUUUCUUCUCAGUAGAACAGGCUUUCUGUCACAAUGAGCUAUGGCCGUAGACUCUAUCGGGGACAAAUAAUUGACCACAUGCAAGCCUGCAGUCCUGGUGCAACGUGAGGAAGCCGCAGUGCUGUGCAGGCUGGCGCCCAUCCCUCCUGAGGUCUCCUAGGUUAUCAGCUUCCAUAGAACCCGGGAGAGAGUAGUCCAACUUCAGUCUUGAUGUACAAUUGGAUGGGGACGCCUCUCUUAUAAAAGGAAGAGCUGCUUAAAACUGUGUGGUCCGCUUCAGCUGGAUGCUCAUAUGUGGUGUCUGACCUUAUAAAUGAUGCUAGUGAGAGUCCAGGUGAAUUUAAAGAUACCAUCUCUCCACAUCUUCCAGUUUUACGUGCCUUUGUAAACAGUGAGAACAGCACUGCCUGUUGUGUUCACGAGUCAAUACUUUCUCUGUUGAAACACACAUGGGAAUAAUGCAGAUUGGAAAUUAAGCUCUAUGGCUCUCCUUAGUAGAUACUGUGACAAUUUAAAGUUGUACUUUGUGUGAUAUUCUGGAGUAUUCAGGUUCCACCCCUUGUAGCAGUGAAUCUGUCGAGAUCUGCUAAAGAAUGUAGCAGGCCAGAGCUGAGGGCUAAGCCAGAGGUUUGUCUGAUCAGUACACCCCCCGACAAGGACAUUCUUGGUGGCCGUGGAGUGGGGUUGUUUCCAUAGUGAUCAGCAAGGCAGGCCUGGGCAGACUGGCACUUGAGUACUGGAGCCUUCUCCGGCCUCUGUGUAGAUGGUAUAGGAAGAUCCGAAGCCCUGGGUCUCCUUUAUUGUCUCAAUUUAGUACCCUGUUGUCCUGGUUGAUUUGCUUAGUGAACUGCAGUUGUAUUGCAUGGGUUGCUAAGAGCAAGCUUGUGGAAUCGGGGGGGGGGGGAUUCUGGAAUCAGCUGGCCCAGGUUUUAAUCUGCCCCAUUACCAGUAGCAUGGUGCCUUAAGGCAGGCUGUUUAACUUUUCUGUAUUUCAAUUCUGUAUUUAUGAUUGAAAUAAGGUUUCUCAGCUCAGCUAGGUAUUUUUUUUUUUUUUGAGGAUUAAAAUCAUAAACAUGAAGACUUCCCAUUAGUGAAGGCUUAAGGUGGCUGAGAACCUCCAGGACCUGUAGUCUGCAGCACAUGUAUGAAGGACACACCGUUAGCUCAGGCAUAGAUGUAACGUGGGCCUGCAGUGGUGAUGUGGACAGUGGUGGAUGUGGUCCCAACCCCCAGGCCUGGGGUCCAUUUCCAUCAUCAUUGCCCUUGCUGGAUGCUGGGCUUGCUGAUGACCGCAUGGCACUGGUGUCAGGCAUCAGCUUAGAUCCAGAAGCAGCAAUUGGUGUGACAAAGCGGUCACCUCCAAAAUGGGUGGAUGGAGUAGAUGAAGUACAGUAUGAUGUUGGCCGCAUUAAACAGAAGAUGAAGGAGUUAGCCAGCCUUCAUGACAAGCAUUUGAACAGACCCACCUUGGAUGACAGCAGCGAGGAAGAGCAUGCCAUCGAGAUAACCACCCAAGAGAUCACACAGCUCUUCCACAGGUGCCAGCGUGCCGUGCAGGCCUUGCCCAGUCGGGCACGAAGGGCCUGCUCUGAGCAGGAAGAGCGGCUACUGCGGAACGUGGUGGCCUCCCUGGCACAGGCCCUGCAGGAGCUGUCCACCAGCUUCCGGCACGCACAGUCCGGCUACCUGAAACGCAUGAAGAACCGAGAGGAAAGAUCACAGCAUUUCUUCGACACAUCGGUGCCACUAAUGGAGGAUGGAGAUGAUGCUGCUUUGUAUGGUCAGGGUUUCACGGAUGACCAACUGGUACUGGUAGAGCAGAACACACUGAUGGUGGAGGAGAGAGAGCGGGAGAUCCGUCAGAUUGUGCAGUCCAUUUCUGACCUCAGUGAGAUCUUCAGGGACUUGGGAGCCAUGAUUGUGGAGCAGGGUACAGUCCUUGACAGAAUUGACUAUAAUGUUGAACAGUCCUGUGUCAAGACCGAAGAUGGCUUGAAACAGCUUCACAAGGCAGAGCAGUACCAAAAGAAGAACCGGAAGAUGCUCGUGAUCUUGAUACUGGUUGUCAUCAUCGUAGUCCUCAUUGUGGUCCUCAUCGGCGUAAAGUCUCGUUAGUGGCGCCAAGUUCUUGAGACUGCUACUGCAUGGAUUCCUUGGGUAUGAGGGCUUCGCUGGCGCCACACUGCUGUACUGCCCACAGAAUGCAGCCCACUGGCCCAGCAACGGGCAGUGGACCUUCCUGUGGACGCCCCUCCUGUAGACUGGAGUGCAGCAGGCUCAGCUGUGGGUUUCCAUCUCUGUCCAGAGUUUAAGGACUGGAAGCUGUUGCUGAGGAGACUGGCCCUGUGACCAGCUGUCAUAUAAAGAUGUUUUCUAGAAAACGAGAGGAGAAAAGGUUUACAGGCAUUGCUGAGCACCAGUACGAUGUGUGUGAAUGAAGGUUUACAGGCAUUGCUGAGCACCAGUACGAUGUGUGUGUUUGCUCACUUUUAGCACUCAUGUCUGAGCAGCAUGUUAACUAAGUUUUAGGAAAUUUUUUUUAACCAUCUGGUUUUUAAGAAGUUUGGUACCAAAAAUUUAUGAGUAGAGGCAGAAUGCCUCUUCAUCUUCCCAGCUGAAAACAAACCAAGAAGUCCUUCAAGAAUUUAUAAUCCGUUCCCCAUUAACUUAAUUUAGCUUUUCCAUCACUGUUAACGAUCAGAGUAACAAAGUGUGAAAAAUAAGAAACCAUCAUUGAUGUUAAUUAACACAUUUAGACGGGCCAGUUAAACCAGCUUCAUACGUUUAAAUCAAUUGUAAAUAGCGUAUUCCUCAUUCAGAAUUUUGCACUGUAUUUUCUACUGUAAACCAAGAGCGGUUACUAAGCAAAACCUCCUGAAUCAGAGAGUUGGCCAUUUGAACCAACCUCACAUUAUGAGAAAGCUUGACAGUAUCAUGAACUAGAUUGAGCCAGUGUGUCUCCAGUCAUCCUUACUCAGUCCAGUACUUAUAUUCUAGCUACGUAAUGACCUGUCCAAACCUGACUCCAUUUAAUGAACUGUAAAUUUACACAGAGGCCAUUUUAAAUGGGUCACCCCAUUUAGGAUUAGUGGAUCUCGAAUUAUUAACCAAACAUCACUCCAUUUCAAAGUAAAAUAUUCUCCCCAUGAUUU